CUACCCCAGGAAAUCAGCGUUGACCGCAGAUUCAAUUCUCCAACGAAAACAACAACGCUUCAGGCGACGAUCUUCCACUUCAUCCAACACCUCACUCGUUUUGAAAUCACAAUGGUCCACUUCAGAGCAACACUCGCAGUGGCUGCCCUUUCGGUCGUUUCCUCCGUCGUCGCCGUUCCAGUAGGCUUCGAUGAAUACGACGCCCGCCGGGAGCUCACAGACCUUGAGCUCGUGGAGAGAGAUCCCCUCUUCGGUGCAAUCGCGAGCGUCGCAGGAAACCUUCUCGGAGGACUUAUGGGAGGCGGCGGCAGCUCGAGCCCCCCACCCCCUCCUCCACCUAAGCCCAAGCCCAAGCCUAAGCCUAGGCGCAAGGCACCGCCCAAGAAGAAGGCAGCCCCCAAGAAGAAGGCAGCCCCAAAGAGGAAGGCAGCUCCCAAGAAGAACAACAACCGAAGGAGAAAGAGGGACUUGGAGGAUUUGGAAGACCUCGUCACCAGAGCGAUCUAUGAAUUUGACCUGGACGAGUUGCUCUAAAUAAAAGAUUCUCUGCCGUCGUCUAGCUUGUAACUAGAUUUCAAUUGAACAUGUUGUGGCUUUGAAUCUUUUCAA